GGGGGUGGAGUCUGAUCGGUUACUUCGCCGGUUCCGGAGCAGACGGCCUCCCCAUUUUGGUCAUGUCUGCCGGUUGUGUUCACCUGUCCGGGGCUCUCUGCUCGGAGCUCCUGGCGUCGGUCGAUACGUUGUUGUUUGAUUGCGAUGGGGUGCUGUGGACAGGGGACAGCCCGAUCCCCGGGGCCGUGCAGUUAAUUAACCGGCUGCAGGAGCAGGGGAAGCGGGUCUUCUUCCUGACCAACAACAGCAGCAAGAGCCGCCGGAUGUACGGGGAGAAGCUGCACGGCCUGGGCUUCCAGGCUCGCCCUGAACAGGUCUUCGGCACCGCGCCCUGCGCCGCACUUUAUUUACGGCAGGAGGCCAAGCUCCGAGGCUCCGUCUACCUGAUCGGCGGCGCAGCCCUCCGCGGGGAGCUCGGGGCCCAAGGCAUCGCCUGCUCGGGCUCUGGACCCGGUCCGGAGCUCACCCCUGGGCCCGGGCCCGCGCAGGCUUGGGCGGCCGAACCCCUUGACCCGUCUGUGGGCGCCGUGCUGAUCGGCUUCGACGAGCACUUCACCUACAUGAAGCUGUGCCGGGCCGCCCGCUACCUGCGGGACCCCUCCUGUAUCUUCCUGGCCACCAAUACCGACACCCUGCUCCCAACGGAGGGAGGUGGCAUCCCGGGCACAGGCUGCUUGGUGAAGGCUGUUGAAGCAGCGUCAAAUCGCACGGCUCAUGUCAUCGGCAAGCCCAAUGCGUUCAUGUUCGAUUGUAUGGUGAAAGAGCAUGGCAUUGAUCGAAGCAGGACAGUAAUGGUGGGAGACCGGCUGGACACCGACAUCCUUAUGGGGUCCAAUUGUGGCCUCCGCACCAUCCUAACUCUGACUGGCGUUUCCACCCUAGAAGAGGCAAUGGCCAAUCAGAAAAGUGACUCCCCUGAUCACCACAAGCUGGUUCCCAGCUACUAUGUGGGCAGUGUAGCUGACCUGCUUCCAGCACUUGAUUGAUAAAAUCCUGCUGAUUUUAUGCAUGGGUUUUAAUAUAUUAUCAUCUGUACUGUACAAUCACUAAUAUUAUGAAUACCUCAGUGCAAUGAUGAGUGUUAAAUGUUUUUGUAUAAAGUUUAUUUUAAAUAGCAGUCUGCAAUAAUCAUGUUAUUUCUUCUAAAUAAAGCUGAAACAAAGGUGUAUUUCAGUGGCAGACCAGAUGCACUUGUCUGUAAUAUGGCACAGUGGGGUGGCAUCUUGUCUGUACAUAAUACUACCUUCUAGGAUGCAACUUUGGGUGUUAUGUAUCUGACGGGAUGUUUUUGGAUGCAUUUAAUCAAAAUAAAGUGUUACUGCUGUUC